AUGGUCCUCGCUCGCUCCGGCCUCCUCGCCGCGACCUUGCUCGUCCUCCAAUCGACCCUCUCGAUCGCCGCUCCCGUCUUGGACAAGGCUAUCCAUGCGCUCGAGAAGCGCAUCGCUUGCCACACCAACGAGAUCGCCAUCAGUGGGUAGGAUCGCUCUUCUUCGGAAUUCUCGCGUCGUCCCCGGCAGGCUGACCUCGAACGCUCUCUGCCCCUGGGCGUGGCAUUCCUGCCUCGUGCUUUGAGCCCGAUCUUCCUCAUUUCAGCUUCAGGCUGCUUCUUUUCGCAUUUCAUGAAGAAUUCUACUCUGGGUGUUGAUCAAGGAGAGUGCCCGUGCCAUCGCAUGCUCAUCGCUUGAAUCUCGGCAUCCUUGUUCAUCGUAGAGAACGCUUGCGUGUUGUGUGCUUCCGCUCUACACGAACGCGACGAAGUGCAGUCGAUCAGAGCAUCUGACGUGCUCAUACGGUGUGCCCAACUCGAAACGCAAGUGAGUAGUGCAUGCCGCUCGCGCUCAGCCUUGGUACUGGGGCUAAUGCAGGCGAAUGGGCUGACUUUGUGUCAAGGUUGAGGUUGCUGGGCCGUAGGCAGCAGGUGAUAGCGAGGACGACGGGACAAGUGCGGGAUUGAUGUAGUUGUUCUUGUAAGACUACUAGAACAGAGGCCGAGGGGGCUGGAGGUUACUGGGGGAGUUGACUAUGAGCUCAAGAUUGCAGAAGGAAGACAAGAGCGAUUUCUACACAGAAGCCCUAUUUAUAGUCGCAGGAAAGCCCAGGGAAAGCGACAGAAACUCAUGGAAGCAAGUUAAGCCAAAGGAAGUGAUCGAGGCGCAAGAUCAUAGAGAUAACUGGAAGCUCCUAGAAAGUUCCCAGCGCUGAGUAAGCUGCGCGGUGGCGCUGCGCUCAGACCUCGGACUGCUGAUUCGUGACACUUUGAGCCCCUAUCUAUGACCCCUCUUGAGCAGGUGCGCAGCCGUGGACUGCAGCAAGGCUCCGGGUACUUGCCUCAGCCCGGAUGGUGAGGCAUUGCGAUUCAUCGUUCUACCACGCAAUCUUGUCACAUAGUUUCAAUGGCUGAUCUCGAUUAUAUCGUCCGCUCCGGCGCCCUCCAGCCAAACAAUGCCUGCCUUGCACCGAUCCGAACGUCGUGACCUGCAACAGCACCACGACCUUGACCUGCUUGUCAGGCUACACAUUGUCAUUGUACAACACCUGCUUUCACCCUAUCGGUCAAGAACGACAGAUUGUAUUUUAUGCACAUCAGAGGUGCAUACCUUACACGUAA